AUGAAUGAUUUACUCUUAAGGGUGGCAGGACUUAAUGCAAAUGAAUGUAGAAGAAACUGUCAGCUGCACUGUGCUUCAACCAAUAGAAGCACAGCUCCAUCUUGGCUGUGCACUAGACUGCAUUACAAACAGACGAUACCAUCGCUUCAACAGCAGCCUUUCAGACAAGAGGUAGCAAUACAAGAAGUAGAAUCUGUAAGAAUGGCCUCCUUGAGCUCCAGCCUCUGGAAUGAAACCACUACAUCUGUUUAUCAGUACCUUGGGUUUCAAGUUCAAAAAAUUUACCCUUUCCAUGAUAACUGGAACACUGCCUGCUUUGUUAUUCUGCUUUUAUUUAUAUUUACAGUGGUAUCUUUAGUGGUGCUGGCUUUCCUUUAUGAAGUGCUUGACUGCUGCUGCUGUGUAAAAAACAAAACUGUGAAAGACUUGAAAAGUGAACCUAACCCUCUUAGAAGUAUGAUGGACAACAUCAGAAAACGUGAAACUGAAGUGGUCUAG